AUGAGUAGCCCUAAGCGGAGAAUUGAGACAGAUGUCAUGAAGAUGUACGCACCCUUCCCCGUAUCCGGCACCGACCAUAUCUCCUUCAACUCGGGGAGGAAUGAGAACGCGAUUUCGGAUAUGGGACAUAUCAACAGCUUUCUGGGGGACUUGUGCUGA